ACAAUUCUUCUGAAAUCGAUUGAUUCAUGCAAAGGAACUACGGUAAAUACCCCUGCUGUGAUGGAUAGUAACCACAAGCUUUCGGUCGUAAACAAACCGAAACCACUGCCUCCCAUCGGACAUUUAUCAUUUAGCAAUUUGACAGGAUCGAUGUUGUGCAUUUAUCCAAAGGCAAAUACUGUUGGUGAAUGUAAAGGCAUCAUUGCAAAGGAUCUAAAUAUCGAGGCAGUGGAUAUCGAUAUUGUGGAUAUGAAAUACUAUUUAGUGUAUUCAGAUGAGUUCCCAACAUCGAAAUUGCCAUUUCCCAUUCCAGUGCUCUUGUGUAACAGACAACGUUGUGUGGAAAAUUUUCCUUCAAAGCUGAAAAAUUGCAUAUCAGAUGAAGAAGAUAUAGUAUUUCCAGAGGGAGGUGAAAAAACCGUUUUAAUGUCCUGUGGACAUGCUAUAACACCAGACAAUCUUUUCCAGUACAUGAAAGUUGAAAUUAUGAGUGCAAAACACGAAAUUUACUGCUACGGCAAGACAAAAAAUAUCUGUAAUGCAAAAUGGGAAUUUUCAGAGAUAGCAGAAAAAUGUCUGUUGAACGAAGACGAAAGGAAAUUUUAUCUAGAAAGGAAAACCAUGAACUAUAUCAACGACACAGAGGUAUCAGGUGUGAAGAAAUGUCCGACAUGCGGGUGUUAUUGCACGAAACAGAAUGUGUAUACUCCAAUGGUGCGUUGCCAAUUAUGUGCUAAAAAUGGAAUCAACUUUAUGUUCUGCUGGGUUUGUUUGGACGAAUGGCGACAUGAUCAUGCAUGCAGUUUUGACCAGCAAAAGGCUUUAUCUCUGUGUGAAAUUCAGAUUGUUUUAGAUAAUUGUUCUAAAAUAACUGCUGGAUAUUCUAGCGUUCAGAAUGUUCCGUCAAGACGUCUGUGUCCGAGUUGUUUCAGGCUAAUUGAAAUAAAUGAUGCAUGUAAACAGAUGUUUUGUUACUUCUGCAAAGUGGAAUUUUGUUUCGUAUGUUUAAAGAUAAAGCCAGAGAAAGGAGAUUUUCAGUGUGGUAAAUUUAAUGAACCUUGUAUGGUGGCUCCUGUACAAAACGUUAAAACUUUGCUCGCAAAUUGAACAUCUUCCUAGAAUGAAUAACAAUUCUUAUAGUCGAUUUUUUUCAUGUGGUAAAAAGAACAAGUACGUGUAAAUGUAAUAAACACGUUUACAAACACCUUUAGCAUUCCUAAGUGAUGAUUAUAUUAUAUAUAGUUAUGAAUUUUUAGAAAAAAAUGUUACAUGUAUUUGUUUUAAAUUGUGUUUACCUCAAAUGAAUUAUCUAUCAAAACUUGAUAGAUACACGUUUUAAAGUCUUUAUUGUCUUGGUUUUUUGUUUUUUGUUGUUGUUUUUUUUUGGGGGGGGGGGGGUUGGUUUUAUAUAUUUUUUUGGUUUUUGUUUUUUGUUUGGUUCGACAUAUUUCUCCAUUUAUUAUUUAAGAAAUAAGGUAUCAUUUUUAGUGUAAAUUGGAAUAUGACAUUAAGUUGAUAAUGUGAUCGAAUCUUACAACGCCCAAUGUGCUGUAUAGUUGAUUUGAUCACGUACAAACUUCAUGUCAUAUCCUCAUAACACUCAUAAAUUUGAUAUUUUAUUUCUUAUAUUUAUAUUUCAAU